AUGUACUUGUACGACCUUACCCUUCAACAGGCCACCAACAUACUCUACACCAUCAACGAUAACUUUUCUGGUAGAAAGCUCCAAGGAAUCUUCAUAGCGCGUGGCAAAGUCUUCGACCUCCUCCGUCCCGAUGAGAAUGGAAAAUCCUCCACCUCCGACGCCAUCUCCUUUGUCGGCCGAGCGAGGCCGAAGCCGACCGGGCUAUCGUGGUCGACCCAAACUAUGCCGCUUCGCACAUCCUUUAUACCUUCGCUCUUGAUAUGCAGUAAAUUGCCAUGGAAGAGUUUUAGAUUGGGGAAAGGAAUUGGGGUUGUUGGAAUGAAUCCUAAAUACCCCGGAAGGGUAGAACCGUAG